CACACACUCUCUCUCUCUCUCUCUCUCUCUCUCUCUCUUUCUCUCUCUCUCUCAACUUCCCUUGUUGCACAAGUUAUUGUUACCUUCUUUUUCUUCUUUCUUUUGUUUUCGUCUUCUAGCUAGCUAGCUAGCUGCGUGUUUUUUUAGCUAAUUAAAUUUAUAAACCUAAAGUUGUAGUAGUACAGUACGUAUUGAGUCUAAUUGGUGUCACCCACGAAAAUAUCAAUGAAGGAGAGCGGAAGAAAACAAGGUGCAAUGUCGCCAUGCGCGGCAUGCAAGCUUCUUCGAAGGAGAUGUGCGCAGGAUUGCGUGUUCGCUCCUUAUUUUCCAGCCGACGAACCGCACAAGUUUGCUAGCGUGCACAAGGUUUUUGGAGCAAGCAAUGUCAACAAGAUGUUACAGGAAUUGCCGGAGCACCAGAGAAGCGAUGCAGUGAGUUCAAUGGUGUACGAAGCAAACGCUAGGGUAAGAGAUCCUGUGUAUGGUUGUGUGGGAGCCAUCUCAUCUCUACAACAACAGGUUGAUGAUCUCCAAACUCAAUUGGCACUUGCACAGGCUGAGGUUGUACACAUGAAAAUGCGGCAGCACCCAGCUUCUUCGAUAUCCACUAGUACUACUACAACCUCUAAUUAUCCACCCACAACCAUGAAUUCUCCUCCUGAUCUGAAUAAUUCAUUCCCGGCCUCGGCUAAGUCUCAUCAUCAUUAUCAUCACCAUCACCUGCCUUCUCAGACCAAGUCUUUUUUUCCCAUGGACAUUGUGCAUGAGAUAGAUCAUCAGGCCAAUAUGGGAGAGUCUUUGUGGUCAUAUUAGCUGUCUAUCUACCUAGGUUGCCUUGAUCAAUUAGAUUGAUAUAUUUUUCCUUAUUAAUUAAUUCCUAUCAUAUAUAU